AUGGCCGCAGCAGCGAUCCUGCGCGAGGCAUUGCCUUCGCUAGACGAGCCCAUUGUGACAUACCUCGACAGGUACAUCUAUGAUGCAGGCGAGGAUCCUACUGUGGAUGUGAUGGAGGAUGUUGUGCGCCCUAUGCUUGAGUCUGCUGUUAUUUGUGAGCCUUCUGACUCACCGAAACGACUAGCGCUCCCCACAUUAUUCGAAAAGCUUGGCGCCAUUGUUGCAGAGCGUGCACCAAAGAAAUCAGUCGAAAGCCAGCGCGGUCUUGCGCGUCUGGACAAGGUCGUGGACAUGAGCACCUCUGAAAUUAGUUCCACCAUCACGUACGACGCUGGCAAUGACAGCAUGGACUUGGCUCUGGGUCGAUCGACGCGUAAUCGCACGACUGUUGACAUCAAGAAACUGGAGAAACAAGAAGCAAAGACUCGUGCAAAGCUCGCGAAGCGUGCUCAGCGCGACCUCUAUGAAUCCAGCAAGCUCGUCGAAAACGCCAAAAAGAUGGCUUCUUACGAGGAAAUGUACAUGCAAGUCAACCCUCUUGAGUCAAUCAGCUCAGGCGCAGCCAAAGGUAAAAACAAAGAUAUUCACCUGCCUAAUAUUGAUGUGAGCUUUGGCAGUCAUCGCAUUCUGACGAAUGCCGAACUGACCAUGGCAUAUGGCCGUCGCUAUGGUCUGAUCGGUCGUAACGGUGUUGGUAAGAGUACCCUGCUCCGUCACAUGGCCCUGCGUGACGUUCCUAUUCCCACCAAUGUGUCGCUACUGUACGUGGAGCAAGAAAUCACCGGUGAUGACACCUCUGCUAUUGAGGCUGUGCUCAAGGCAGAUGUGUGGCGUGAAAAGCUCUUGGCAGAGGAACGUCGUCUUAAUUUUGAGCUGCAACAGCUGGAAGACGCGACACAUGCUGCUGUAGCAGCGGCAGACCAGAAUAAGGACGAUGACACAGAGGGCUUGUCAAAGGGCUCCGCUGUCGAUCUCCCUACAAGACAGCGCGAAAACCAACGUGACGAACUAUUGUCUCGAUUAGGAGAUGUGCAGGCCAAACUCGUCGACAUGGAGGCAGAAACUGGUCCAAGUCGUGCCGCCACAUUACUCAACGGUCUGGGUAUUGUUGGAGACGACCAAAACAAGCCUACGAAAGCAUUCAGUGGCGGAUGGCGCAUGCGCCUUGCAUUAGCACGCGCCUUGUUUUGUAAACCUGACUUGCUCAUGCUGGAUGAACCAUCUAACAUGCUUGACUUGAACGCUAUUGCCUGGCUAGAAGACUAUCUCGUCAAAGAGUGGGAAGGUACACUCCUGGUUGUAUCGCACGACCGUGCAUUUCUCAACCAGGUGUCAACCGACAUUGUCCAUAUGCACUCUGAACGCCUCGACUACUACAAAGGCAACUUUGACCAGUUCUACGAAACCCGCGACGAACGCCGCAGGAAUCAAUUACGUGAAUACGAAGCAAACAAGCAAAAGCGCGAACAUCUUCAGGCUUUCAUCGAUCGUUGGCGCUACAAUGCGGCUCGUGCUGCACAGGCACAGAGCCGUAUCAAAGAACUGGAACGCUUGCCUGUACUUGAAAUGCCUGAGAAGGAAUCAGGUGAACACUUCACCCUCCCCGAAACCGAUAAAAUUAGCCCGCCAUUGCUGCAACUGGAUAAUGUCACAUUUGGUUAUUCGGAGGAUAAGAUUCUGCUGCGUAACGUCAACUUUGAUGUGACACUUGACAGUCGCAUUGCUUUGAUCGGUAGCAACGGCGCCGGUAAGUCGACCUUGAUCAAGCUCUUAAUCAAUCAACUAUCCCCAUUGUCGGGUGAUGCCAAACGGAAUCCACGUUUGCGAAUCGGUUACUUUUCUCAGCACCACAUCGACCAACUUGAUCUCACUCAGAGUCCCGUUGCUUUCUUGGCAUCGCGGUUCCCCGGCCGUACGGAACAAGAGUACCGCCAACAUCUUGGCUCAUUUGGUAUCACAGGCACGACAGGUCUCCAAAAAAUUGCCACAUUAAGUGGUGGACAAAAGAGUCGCGUGGCGUUUGCCCAAUUAAGUUUGCUGAAGCCACAUGUUUUACUUCUAGAUGAGCCCACCAACCACUUGGAUAUUGAAGCUUUGGAUGCUCUCAUGGAAGCCAUUAACCAUUGGAAUGGUGGCGUGAUCGUUGUUAGUCACGACGAGCGCUUUAUCAAUGGCUGCUUGAAAGAAAUGUGGGUGUGCGACAAUGGCACUGUGUACAAGUUCUACGGAAAUGUAUCUGAAUACAAGCGUGUCAUUAUUGAGUCAAACAAGCGCAAACUGGAAGAAGCUAUGCGUAGUUCUAACACCUAA